AUGUCCGCAGAACAACUGAUUAUAAGAGAAUCUAAUACCACAACCCCAUACCCUCCAGAUUUAGUCGUAAAAGACUUUCAAGAACAAUUUGGACGUCUUAUUGAAAGCUCUUUCAAUGAUUUCAAUCCUGAUGAUCAAAAUUACUUUGGACACUUAAAUACAAACUACUCAACUACUGCCAUGCGCACCCAAGGUUCCACUUCACCACUUGCAAGUGCUACAUUCAAUCAUGUCGACCCACAUGAAGCGUUCAUCUAUGAUUCAACUCCCUCUAUCUCAGCUGGUUCUGGAACCACAGUUGGAAUGAGCAACCACAGAAAUUCAAGAUCUUAUCGAAAUGGUGGAGUAUACAAACCUCCUUUAGGAAAGAUGGAUAUCUCUUUAUCUGAACCUUCUAGGUCUACUUCUAGGUCUAAAUCAGGGCGUGCUUCGAGUUCUAUUUCUCCUGGCUUCGACACAAAUAUGGCCACUCCACUUCCUGUUGAAAUGCCUUUGUCACACAGUGCUGGUAGUGGGUGGAAUGUUCAGGGUUUUUUGGAUAGUGGUAGCUCAGCAAAUAUCAAAAAGGUUGCAUCCGCCACGCCAUCCUUGUUUGUUAACAAUUGGUCUCCUCAAACAGGAAAUGUUCCAAGACUGUUCACAGAACCUCAAAGAUCCUUCUCCUUUGACGAAGUUCCAGGUUCUGCUCCCUCCUGUCAAGUUCAAGAAGGCUGUUCAAGAACCACCCCAAAAUCCAAAAUCAUCGCACCACGACCAAUCAACAAAUGUGCACCCCAACCAUCUCCUUCAAGUUCCAGCUCAUCAAGCAUUAUUCUCGACCACGAAAAAAUGUUAAACGUGAUUUCUGGUCCCAAAACUAAAACUGUUCCAAAGAAUCCUGCAAUUUAUAAAUCCGACUUUUGUGAGAAAAGAUACACCCGUCGAGACUAUUGUAGAAGUCAUAUGAAAUCUCAUUUCGGUCCAAGGCCAAAACCAUUCAAGUGUAAGUACUGCCAGAGUCCAUUCAAGAGAAAGUCUGAUUGUAAAAGACAUGAAAAAACUCAUACCGAAGAGGAAAGAUUUGUAUGUGGGGGAUAUUUGAAAGAUGGGGCGAAAUGGGGGUGUGGUCACCGUUUUACUAGGUUGGAUUGUUUAAGAGACCAUUAUACAACACGUCAGGGAAUCGAGUGUAAGAGACCGUUCUUGGAAGAAGAAGAACGUUAUAGUCAAAAAUAA